UCUAGUCAGCUGGCACCAUGUUCUACGCUCAUUUUGUCCUGAGUAAGAGAGGGCCGCUGGCCAAAAUUUGGCUAGCGGCCCAUUGGGAUAAGAAGCUAACCAAAGCCCAUGUGUUUGAGUGUAAUUUAGAGAGCAGCGUGGAGAGUAUCAUUUCACCCAAGGUAAAGAUGGCACUUCGAACCUCAGGACAUCUCUUAUUGGGAGUAGUUCGAAUCUAUCACAGGAAAGCAAAAUAUCUUCUUGCAGAUUGUAAUGAAGCUUUCAUUAAGAUAAAGAUGGCGUUUCGGCCAGGUGUUGUUGAUUUGCCUGAAGAAAAUCGGGAAGCUGCUUAUAAUGCAAUCACUUUACCUGAGGAAUUCCACGACUUUGAUCAGCCACUGCCUGAUUUAGAUGACAUUGAUGUGGCUCAGCAGUUCAGCCUCAACCAGAGUAGAGUGGAAGAGAUUACAAUGAGAGAAGAAGUUGGAAACAUCAGUAUUCUCCAGGAAAAUGACUUUGGUGACUUUGGGAUGGAUGAUCGUGAAAUGAUGCGUGAGGGUAGUGCAUUUGAAGAUGAUGACAUGUUAGUGAGCACUAGUGCUUCUAACCUCUUACUGGAACCUGAACAAAGUACCAGUCACCUGAAUGAGAAAAUCAACCACCUAGAAUAUGAAGACCAAUACAAGGAUGACAAUUUUGGAGAGGGAAAUGAUGGUGGCAUACUGGAUGACAAACUUAUAAGUAAUAAUGAUGGAGGUAUAUUUGAUGAUCCCCCCGCCCUCUCUGAAGGAGGGGUCAUGAUGCCAGAGCAGCCUGCACAUGAUGAUAUGGAUGAUGAUGACAAUGUAUCAAUGGGUGGACCAGAUAGUCCAGAUUCAGUAGACCCUGUUGAACCAUUACCAACUAUGACUGAUCAAACAACACUUGUUCCAAAUGAAGAGGAAGCUUUUGCUUUGGAACCUAUUGACAUCACUGUCAAGGAGACAAAAGCCAAAAGGAAGAGGAAGCUAAUUGUUGACAGUGUGAAAGAGCUGGACAGCAAGACAAUUAGAGCCCAACUAAGUGAUUAUUCUGAUAUUGUCACUACUUUGGACCUUGCACCACCCACCAAAAAAUUGAUGAUGUGGAAAGAGACUGGAGGAGUAGAAAAACUUUUCUCUUUGCCUGCUCAACCUUUAUGGAACAAUAGACUACUGAAGCUCUUUACACGCUGUCUCACACCUCUUGUACCAGAAGAUCUUAGGAAAAGGAGGAAAGGUGGAGAAGCAGACAAUUUGGAUGAAUUCCUCAAAGAUUUUGAAAAUCCAGAGGUGCCCAGAGAGGAACAGCCGCCUCAGCAGCAGCAGCAGCAGCAUGAUGUUAUUGAUGAACCUAUUAUAGAAGAGCCAAGCCACCUACAGGAAUCAAUGAUGGAAGGCAGCAGAACCAAUUUGGAUGAAUCUGUCAUGCCACCGCCACCACCUCAAACAGGAGUAAAACGCAAGGCACAGCAAGUCGACCCAGAGCCUGUGUUACCUCCUGAGCAGUUGCAGCAGUUGGAAAUCCCACCUGUAGAACUUCCUCCAGAAGAGCCUCCAAAUAUCUGUCAGCUGAUACCUGAGUUGGAACUUUUGCCAGAGAAAGAAAAGGAAAAAGAGAAAGAUAAGGAAGAGGAAGAAGAGGAGGAGGAAGAAGAUGCUACAGGGGGUGAUCAGGAUCAAGAAGAAAGAAGAUGGAACAAAAGAACUCAGCAGAUGCUUCAUGGUCUUCAGAGAGCUCUUGCUAAAACUGGAGCAGAAUCUAUUAGUUUGCUUGACUUGUGCCGAAAUACGAACAGAAAACAAGCUGCAGCAAAAUUCUACAGCUUCUUGGUACUUAAAAAGCAGCAGGCUAUUGAGCUGAAACAGGAGGAGCCUUACAGUGACAUCAUUGCAACACCUGGACCAAGAUUCCAUAUAAUUUGAAUGUCUCAAUGGAUUUUAGCUAGUGUUUAUUUCACUAGUAUAAAUGCAUUGCCCCCAAUGUGUAGGGCACAUAAGACCAUUACAGAAAAUUUAGAUUUUCGUUUGUACAAAGUAUCUCUUGCCCCUUUUUAUAUUUUUAAUUUACCAUCUUCAUUUUUAAGGGAAACUGCUCGGGUGGGUUUUGUUUGUAUUCUGAUGGAGAUGUACUCUCCAGGAACCAGAUAAUGAUUUUAACAGUUCAGAGCAGAUGUGUGCAAUAUUGGUGCAUGUAAUGAUGUUGAGUUUCAAUGAAAAGUCAUGAUUUAUAUCUUAAUUCUCCAUUAGUGCAUUUGAAAAAUUAACCUCUCUGGGAAAAGCCUGCCAACCUCAAAACAUUUAUUAAAUACCUAUUAUGUAUAGGGUACUUGAUCAAAAAAUAUGUCUGCUUUUAACAGAACAGAAUUGGAUUUUCUCUAUAAACCUUUUGCUCUGAUCUCUGGCUAUCUGAAAACUAUGGACAAAUUUCUCCCCAGUUGAGUUGUUUAGUAGUUCCUACAACAAUAGGAAUUGGUUUUGUAGCACACUGAAAAUCUUGUAAUGAUUUAGCAGGAGGCAAACAUCUCUGCAGAGCACUUGCUGAAACCAAACCUCGUCAGAUGAAAGGCCAGACUUGUUUAGGCUAAAGCAUUCCCAGUGUUCUCUGAAUCAUCUAGUUCAAAUCCAUAUCAUUCUAGCUCAUUGUAGAGAUGCCAUUAUUUUUAUUGUUGCCUUGGAGGCUUGCUAUAACAACCCACAGUAGCGAAGAAUUUAGUUUCAUGGUAUGAACACUGAAGUCAGAUUUUCUUUCAGGAUUAAAGAGGAAUUCUAGCUACACAUAAGCUAUAAAUCAAGCUUUUUUUAAAUAAAAGUUUUCAGAUAAUGAACCACUUAUUUGGCAUGUUCAAAUCAUGAAAAAAAAAUCAAGGAAUAAAGUACUACAAAAUGUCUUGUAUGUCAAAGGGGCAGACUGAUGGGAAGCCACUUACCUGAUUAUACUUAUUAAGCAGAAGAUGCUAUGUUAACUGUAAUGGCUUUUCUGAUAUUUAUUAUAAGUCUUAGUAUUGAUCUAUUUUUCCAAUACUGCACACUCCUGUGUUUGAACCUUUAUUUUAAUAGCUUUGCAAGAGAAAAUCCUGCACCUGGUUUCCUAUAAUUUAAAAAACUAAAACAAAUGAAAAAGCAAAAAAAAAAUAAUAAUAAAUAAAUAAAUAAAUAAAGGCUUUAUUGUUAACAGACCAGAUAGAACCAGAAAUUAUGUGAAUAUGUUGAUUAUCAAAACAUGUCUUAACUUUUUUUAGGGCAAAAUUACACUAAAAGUUCUGGCGUAAACGUUGGCACUUUGGUGGAAAACAUUAACUUUUGAGACUCAGAUUUCCAUAUAUACCCAAUAAUGUAAAAUUAUGUGAAAUGUUUUAAAAAUUUGUGAGACUGCAUAAUUACUGUUUUAAUAAUUCAAUUUCUUGAGAAAGGUAAUUGUAUAAAAUUGCUACUGCAGCUUUAUCAACAUGAUGUGCCUGUAAACCAUGGAAUUCCCCUUUGUAAAAAGACAUUGUAGAUAAUUUGAAUGUUUAAUUAUAGAAAGGUCAUUAGUUUCUUGUUACACAUUUUGUUAGUCUGGUUUUUGUUGCUUAUCAGGUUUAAUAUUGUUCUUGAAAAUAGUUGAUGCUGUGUUAUGUAUAACUUUUCUAAUAAAAGUUGUGUUAUAAGCUGUA